AUGAGAAACACUCGUAGUAAACUAGCCACAGUGGAAGAUGGCCCCCCUAGGGCUGCUGUGGUCCAGAAUGCAGUGCCUGAUUUCCUGGGAAUUACAUUUAUCCAGGCAGAUGACCAAGACCUCUCUUCGGCUGCUGGGUCUCCCAUUGGUCCACUUCUUCUUAGUUUGACUGAGGAGGCAGAGUGUCGAGCAUCCCUGUCAGCCCCACCAGCACCCAGCAGUCAGGCUAGUAGUCGGGUCAGCUCAGAGGCCGAGCACGUGGCUUCUAACUGUGGAGGAGGACCCGCUCCAGUGCUGCCUGGAAACCAGACCUUCUGUUUCCCAUCUCCCACAGAGUCACCCUCCAAAGAGCAGCGAGCUGACCCUACACCAGCCCUGGCCAGUACUGGCAAGGCUGGCAACAAGGAGGAAGUGCCACACAGGACGAGACAAUGCUCCGUCUCCUCAGCCUCCUCACCAUCCAAUCAGGACAAGGCACCAGUGUCAGCACGGCGGUCCCGCUGCUGUUCGGAGAGUUCCUCCACUACAUCUACACCACACAGGGAGUCCAGAGCUUCCCCUAGCAGCUCAGCUAGCUUCAUCAUCCCCAAGGUCUACGUCCACCUGGGACAGAGCCAGGCCAGACCAGCCAGCCACAACAGCACUGCCACUACCCACAACAAACAGCCUGAGACCAAGAAGGAAGCAGAAGAGGGAAGCAGCAAGACGGCCUCCUCUAAGACCGCGGCGGGAGCAACGGCAGCAGGAGGAGCUGCGUGUGACAGGAUUAAGAGUAGACCAUCCCUCAACAGAGCCAGAGGAGCGCCUGCCUCAGCCUCCCAGGCUCUCCCUCCAGCAGCCAGGCUGAGCCAGGGAAGAGAUGUCUGCAGCAGUGCCUCCGGAGGUCAUCCGAGGUCCCAGACAGAGGUUGGAACCUCCUCAGCCAACGGCAGCACUAAGCCCAGAGUCACUGGUUCCAGACUCCGCCAGCCCUCUACUGCUGUCUCCUCCUCCAGACUGCCCUACAAGUCCCAGGGUGUCCCCAAGAGCAUCCCUUCCAAGGCCACAGUGUUAAAAGCAGGAUGCAAAACUACAGCGUCGACCAAUCAGGUGCCCUCAAGGUCCAGAGCCAGCCCUCUGAAAAGAACUGCUUCAUCAAGACGUCUUCGUCCUGCCGCUGUAUUACCUGUGGACAAGAACAGACCGAGGGCGACAACACGGAGCCACCCACAGCCUCAACAGCGGUCACCAGUACCAUCGCUGCCCCAGAGCAAUAGGCAUCCAGACCUGGUGCUGGCGGAGGGCAGUGCAGCGGGCACGGAGAGCUACCGGGCACCGUGCGAGAGGAACAACCAGAGCCUCCAGCAGCUCCAGGGACUCCUGGCUGCCAGUAACAGGAAAUGUGAGGCCAUUGUGGUGGUGCUGCAGCAGACCCUGGCAGAGCGUGAUGAGGUCAUUAAGCAGCGCAGGGACCUGUCCCAGGAACUGAUGACCUUGCAGGGAGAGCUGGGUAAGUAA